AUGCCGAAAGGGCACAGCACAUCGGAGCUCGCUCCUCUCGCCGAGGACAGCACUAGCUCGAGCGCCCCCUCCUCCGCGAGCGGCGAGCGACCCGGCGAACAUUGGUCUGUGCCAGCCUUCUUCGCACUAGGCGUGGGAAGCCUGUGGGCCUGGAACGCCUUCAUCACGCCAACCAGCUUCUACGCCCUGCUCUUCGAGGGGACGCGCUGGGAGGACACCUUCCUUCCAACCCUCACCAGCUCCUUCACGCUCGUCGGCCUCGUCUCGAUCCUCGCGCUGCAGCCACUCCUCCACCUCGUCACAGCGCGCCGCCGCGUCCUGGUCUCGCUCGGCGCCAUCGGCGUCGCGUUCGGCGGCGCCUGUCUGCUGGCGCUGUGGCCGCUGCUCCACGGCAGCGGCAGCGCGCCGAGCCCGGCCGCCAGCGCCGCGCUGCUCCUUUCCUCUGCGGCCGGCGCGAGCGUCAGCCAGGCGGUGCUCACGGCGUCGCUGGCGGGGUACGCGACCGCGUUUGCGCCGCAGCAAAUGGCGCUGCUGGGGUGGGAGGCGGCCCUCUUCCUCUGCUUUGGCGUCACUCUUUUCGUCUUCCCCACCCUCACCUCGGCCAUCCGCGCGAGCGAAGCAGCCCCCUCCUCCCUCCUCCUCUUCGCCGCGGGCCGGCUGCUGUUCGCGCCACUCUUCGUCGCCUUCCGGCGAAGCGAGGCGGCGCGCGCGCAUUCGGACGCGUUGCCGGCGCUGGCGCUGCACUUGUUUGCCCUCUCCAACGGCUGGCUCACCACCGCCAUCUUUGUGCGAGCGCCGCGCGCGGUGGAGGAGCGAGACCGCCCUGCCGCCGGCGCGCUCCUCGUGCUCGCCCUCAACUCGGGCCUCACGGCCGGGUCUCUCCUCUCGCUGGGCGCAUGGACCACAUAG